AUGAACAGAAGGGCUAGUCCUGCACCUAGUAUGGGUGGGCGCUUUGGUGGCCCACGACCCGACUCCAAUGGGCAAGGAUACGGAUACCCGGGUACACCAAACGGUUCUCGCGGCCCUCCGCCGGGCCCGAGAGGCCCUGGAUACCAUUCUGGUCCCGGACCAGGUAACCGGUUUCCCCCACGACAAGGCUCUCUCGGAGCUAUUUCUGCGACCGGCCUGGGAAUAAAUAGUGAAGGCAUGCCGGACAACUCACCCUAUCAAAAGUCCUUCCAGAAUAACACAGUUGUGCCCAAUAAAGAGUACAAUGGUGGAAGACGAUGA